UUUAGAAUAACGAGCAAUCGCUGUGACUCACGACUUCCACUGAGCACCCUUACUGUGGGAUGCACCUUGGUAUACACUUAUUUCUGUCGAGUCAACUAUUUGCGCUUAUACAAGUCGGCACAGGUGUAGAGACUACUACCCCAUCUCGCUUUCCCAAGCCUUUGGACGAUUCUCGUUCCAUCAAUGUCAUUACAUUGGAAAAGGAAGCGCUCAUCUCCGGAACGAGGAUUGAAAAUGCCGAAGGAGAAGAGAAUGCUUUCUUAGGAUACACAAGCCGGGGAGUAAGCAUCGUACUCCCCGAUCGCUCCGUUCGAGUGGUUCUGUUCGGCUUCUGGCUCGAUGAACUACAAACGGUCUCUUUCACAACUAGUGACAACUGUUCUGCGACUUCUUUGAUUUAUGAACAAGUCGACUUCAUCAUUCAGACAGACAAGAGAGUUGUAGUGGCCACCCAAUUCCCCGAAGCACCCAUUGGUGAAUAUUAUCGUUUAUGUAUCAAGUCAAGAUCCAGACAUCAGAACCACCCUGCAGAAUUCAUGCAGGUAUCGGAAUUCCGCACACGCAUAUCUACAGAGGUUCCACCACGUCAGUACUAUUUUGCCUUAUGGAUCCAGAUCUCUAUCAUUUCGUGCCUUCUUGUCUUGUCCGGUCUCUUUUCUGGACUUAAUCUGGGUUUGAUGUCUCUUACUCCUCAGGAGUUGAUGUUGAUUCAGAAGUCAGGGUCCAAAGCGGAACGGAGAUAUGCGGAAGUCAUAUUACCUGUUCGAGCUAGGGGCAACCUCCUUCUCUGCUCACUUCUGAUUGGUAACGUUUGUGUUAAUUCGGGUAUUUCUAUCCUUUUGGAUGACCUCACUUCUGGAUAUGUCGCUUUAAUUGCUUCUUCGGCUGGGAUUGUUGUGUUUGGUGAAAUUUUCCCGCAAAGUCUAUGUGUCAAAAAAGGUCUGGCUGUUGGUGCUUACACCAUCUGGGUAACUCGAUUUUUCAUGAUUGCCACUUUUCCGAUUGCAUUUCCUAUCUCUAAGGUGUUGGAUUUUGUUCUUGGAGAAGAAGUAGUCUCCUACGACCGUAAGCGCCUCAUGGAACUGAUCAAGAUGAGUAAUGAGGAGGGACUAGUCGAAGAAUUGAAAAUUGCUGUUGGUGCGAUGGAAAUAAGUGAUAAAACGGUGACAGACGUGAUGACAAGAAUCAGCGAUGUCUUCAUGCUUUCCAACACCACUGUGCUCAAUACCAAGACUGUAGCUGAAAUUCUUCGUAUGGGUUAUACACGAAUACCAGUAUAUGAUGGCGAUCGCAACAAUGUCGUUUCUUUGUUGUUUGUGAAAGACCUCGCACUAUUAGAUCCGGAUGAUAACUUUACCAUACAAACAGUGUGCGGUUAUCAUCAACAUCCCUUGCGAUUUGUUGAUGAGCACACCCCUCUUCGUGUUAUGUUAGAGGAGUUCAAAAAGGGAGAUUACCACUUGGCCAUGGUGCAUCGCUUCGUUUCCUCAGACGAUGCGGAUCCAAAAUUCGAAAAUGUUGGGGUUGUUACGCUGGAAGAUAUUGUUGAGGAAAUUCUACAAGCGGAAAUUGUAGACGAAACCGACGCAGUGAUGGAUAAUGUAAAUAGAACAAGGAGAAGGGGUGCACAGGCUCGAGACGUGUCGUGCUUUUUGGAUACUGACGAACCAUCUCGUGUGAUAAGUGUCCAAAUGCAGCUGGUAGCUAUGCAGUGGCUGACCACCAAUCACAGAGCAUUCAACUCGGAUCAUAUCAGUCAGUCUGUGUUGGAAAAAAUCAUUCGCCAAAACUGCCACCGUGUUGAGCUGUCACAUCUUCCGGACAUGUAUGAGCCGACGGCUGUGGUUCCUCGCACGGCGAAGUUAUACACCAAGCAAGAGUACUCAGAAAAAUUCAUUUUGAUUUUGGAAGGACGCGCUCUUGUCACAAUCGGUCAGGAUGAAAUGACUUUUGAAGCUGGACCUUGGCAUGCGUUUGGUACUGAGAUGCUGGAGCGUCUCGUGUCGCGAAGCGAAUACGAAUUGCGCGGUCUGGGCGAAAAUGAACAUUCUGGGUUAUCUGCCGACAACAAACAGAAGCUUGGAUUCGUACCUGAUUAUUCUGUGGUUGUUCGUGAUGAUUGUACAUUCCUUGAAGUAACGUCUCAAAGUUGGCUCCUUGCAUAUCGAAGCACUUUGAUGAGUCGAGAAGGACCUAGGCCAUCUUUUGUUGAAUCGAAUGAUGUCGCAAGUACCAGGACAAUAGACGACGAUUCUUCGUGGACAGCCGUUCAAGAUCAGCCUAAAGGAAAAUCUAUGGUUUCUCCUCAGGUUGAGGCGGUCCGUCGCAAUGGAAAAGUCCGUUCUGCAAGCGAAUCAGAACAUGUAGAACUGCUACCACGAGUCCUUACACCGGCUAGUUCACCACCUUCAAACCGUUCACUCUUGAGCUGAGGUGUAGUGCAUCUUUGCCAUGUCAUCUCGCAUAUCUUCUGCUAAAAGCUUUGCUAUUCCUAUCUUCGUUUAUGUUACAUUAAUUUAUCACUGUUUGAUCCCAAAUGCAAUCACGUUCAUCAGUGAAUGAGCACCGAUUUUAUAGUUGCCCAGCGAGAAGUUUAUACAAUUCUUGGUCGGCGUCAAUCAGUAGGCUCAUCAGGCGCGGGACUAUAUGUAUGAACUUGUAUGUACUAUUAAGUGAUCCUUCUAGAUCUGCAUAAUCGGUGAUCCCCUUGUUUUGUGGCGAACGUCAUUGAUCAAGCAUUUGGCAAGCCAAGGAGCAAUAGGAUCUAUUCGAAAGUGCUUGUAUAAGAUUUCAAAAAAAAGUCAGCCAGAGAUAUUGUCUCCUAUGGAGAUUUCGCAAUAGAACAGGAUGUACAUGUACAUGCUGUGGUUUAUGCUCGAUCGAUGUAUCUGCUGCUGGUGGUAGGAGAACCUAAACAUGGAACAGAUGGUGGGACGUAUAGACUGUGCUUGAACCUUUCCUUAAUCUCUCGACGUUUCUCACUUUCUUUUGAACAAAGUGCUGACGCUCCGAAUACAAACACUAUGUCCGAUAACUUAUUUGGCAGUUAUGAAGUCGAGGUUGUUUAUUUACUGACUGUGGAAACGUGCUUUCAUUUAUUACUUUUUAGCUUAUAUGUAAUUUGAUAUAACCGCGUGUAUGUACGUGCCACCAAUCAUUGUUGUGUACUUAGAAUGUCUAGGUGAUAUAAAAAUAUCGAAGAGCCGAGAUUUUCUGCAAUUUGGCCUAGCAUAGGUUAAUCAGUAAGUAGGAACAGAAAUUACUAAUUCUUUUGUUAUUUCUCGGUGCGAAUGUGCAGAUUAUACUAUAGGCGUUUGCUGUACUCUUGAAACAGCCAAGCCAAGCCAUAUCUGAUACUAGUACGUUUUCCAUCUCAAAUUUCAUGUCAAGAUAGCACGAAGUUUUUAUUUGUCCAUUUCCAUUUCAUCUCAUUCCUCCUUUUAAUGUUGCAAUUUAUGCAAAAUAUUGUUUUGUUAGUAUCUUGCGUUUUAUUUUUACCUGAUCAGCAUAGCUAUUCAUUUUCUGUGUACAUCAUGGUUGUUAUCGACGAGCUCUUCCCUGACUAACAUUCACCAUGUUUGGAGCCUUUGCAUGCGUGUAUCACCUAACUUAUUUGAUUUGCGAUCUUAAGACUCAUUAUCGUGUUAUUGUUCAAUAGUAUUGAUACUAGAAUUGCUUCAGACGAAGAUUUGCAUCGAAAAUUGUUUAUAUCGCAGGAA